CUAGGACUUCUGACUGUAGAUGGCAUGGCUGCUUCAAGUGUCAUUGAAGGCUCAUUCACCACAGUAAAAUAUCUUGAGUUCCUUCAAUCUACAGUGUUGCUAAUGUGUUCACCUUAUCCUGGACUUUUGUCUGUCCUUGUAAUGGACAAUAUGAAAAUCCAUCAUGGAGAGGGUGUUGUGGAGUUGAUUGAAGCUUAUGGUGAGUUGCUGUGUCUGAUCUAG